AUGACGUUAGUAUUUACGUAUCCGCUAAGAGCAGCACUUCCCGGAACAAGAUUUCCUGAAAUGGAAAGAGCGAGUAGAAGAACUCGUCCAACAUCGAGCGCUGCUCAAUGUACAGCGAUGAAUAGCGCCUACGAACAGGAACUGGAUAUAACUCGACACCAACGGAUAAGGACUGUCGUCAUGUUUUUCAGCUCACCGGAUACCUGUGCUGCCGCUGUACCAGUAUAA